AUGGUGCCAACUGAGGAGGGGGCAGAGGGUGUUCCGGUUGGGGGAGGGACAGGAGUUGCUGGUCCUGGUUCUGGGACUGGUUUUGAAAUUCUUGGUGGAGAAGUGGAGCAUGUCAACCCUCAGCAACCAAUGACAUCACUGCAGUAUCUGCCGGGACAGCCAAUCACGGCGCAGGGUUUGUUUCUGUGCGCGGUCAUCAGGGCCCUCCAUCAGCAUCACUCCUGUAAGAUGCAUCCCCAGUGGAUUGGCCUCAUUACGGCCACACUCCCGUACAUGGGGCGUGUGCUGAGAAGGGUCGUGGCAUCUGUCACUCUACAACUGUGUAGGAAUCUGGACAACUUACUGCAGCAGUACCGCUAUGAGACUGGAAUCAGUGACAGCAGACCCCCGUGGAUGGCUUUGUGCAUCCCCCCUGAUCUCAUUCUAACUGUACUGGAGGGUGUGACUGCCAUCAUUCAUUACUGCCUGCUGGAUCCGAGUUCGCAAUACCACCAGUUGCAAGUGAGUGUAGAUCAGAAGCAUUUGGCUGAGGCACGUUCAGGGAUUCUGUCCAUUCUUCACACCAUAAUGUCGUCUGUCACUCUGCUGUGGAGCCUGCUUCACCAGGCAGACUGCUCUGACAAACCUGCCACUGCCUCUGCCUGCUCCACUUCCAACAUCAAUCUAGGCUCUACCAAGAACCUUCGUCAACAAAUACUUGAACUUUUGGGCCCAAUUUCUAUGAACCAUGGAGCUCACUUUAUGGCUGCAAUAGCCUAUGUUUGGAACGAACGCAAGCAGGUGAAGGCACCUGCGAGAAAUAAGGUUAUACCUGUAGCCAGUGAUGAACAGUUGCUCCUGGUGGAGUUGGUUCGCUCAGUGAGUGCCAUGAGGACUGAAACUGUCAUGCAGACUGUCAAAGAGGUUUUGAAACAGCCUCCUGCUAUUGCAAAAGACAAGAAACACCUUUCUCUGGAGGUCUGUAUGUUGCAGUUUUUCUAUGCUUAUGUGCAAAGGAUUCCAGUUUCCAGCCUUGUUGACAGCUGGCCUUCUUUGCUGGCUCUGCUCAAGGACUCGGUGCAGUUGGGCCUGCCUGCCCCUGGACAGUUUCUCAUUCUGGGAGUUUUAAAUGAGUUUAUUUUGAAGAAUCCCAACCUUGAAAGCAAAAAGGACCAAAGGGAACUGCAGGAUGUGACACAUAAAAUAGUAGAAGCCAUCGGGACCGUUGCAGGGUCCUCCCUGGAACAAACAACAUGGCUGAGAAGAAACCUGGAGGUGAAACCAUCUCCUCAGAUUGUUGUGGAUGGAACCAAUUUAGAAACAGAUGUUGAAGAUUUAAUGCUGACUGUGAUGGAAGCCUCCAGCUUUACUCCGUCGGUGUACAGUGUUCAUGCACUCACUUUGUUGGCCGAGGUUUUGGCUCAUUUAUUGGACAUGGUUUUCUACAGUGAUGAGAAGGAGAGGGUAAUCCCACUGCUUGUUAAUAUUAUGCACUACGUAGUACCCUACCUCCGAAACCACAGUGCUCACAAUGCCCCUAGCUACAGGGCUUGCAUCCAGCUGUUGAGCAGCCUCAGUGGGUAUCAGUACACCCGCAGAGCCUGGAAGAAGGAGGCUUUUGACCUUUUCAUGGACCAUACCUUCUUCCAGAUGGAUUCCUCUUGCGUCAGUCAUUGGAGAGCUAUUAUUGACCACUUGAUGACUCAUGACAAGACCACAUUUAGGGACCUCAUGACUCGAGUGGCUGUGGCUCAGAGUAGCUCCUUGAGUUUGUUCACAAACAGAGAUGCUGAGCUGGAGCAGAGAGCCAUGCUGCUCAAACGUUUGGCCUUCACCAUCUACAGCAGUGAAGUAGACCAAUAUCAGAAGUAUCUCCCAGAUAUCCAAGAGCGUCUGGUGGAGAGUCUGCGUCUUCCUCAGGUACCCAUCCUUCAUGCUCAGGUGUUUUUGUUCUUUCGAGUGCUUCUACUGCGCAUGUCUCCUCAACACCUCACGUCUCUCUGGCCAACGAUGAUCACUGAACUGGUUCAAGUUUUUCUCUUGAUGGAGCAAGAGCUAACAGCAGAUGAAGAUAUAUCAAGGACUUCUGGUCCCUCUGUGGCAGGACUGGAGGCCACUUACUCGGGAGGAAAUGGUUUCUCUACAUCCUACAAUAGCCAGCGCUGGCUCAACCUUUAUCUUUCUGCAUGCAAGCUCCUGGACCUAGCCCUGACCCUUCCUCCAGAGAGUCUCCCACAGUUUCAGAUGUAUCGCUGGGCCUUUAUCCCGGAGGCGUCAGAUGAUUCAGGGUUGGAAGGAAGACGUCAAGGGACUCAUCAGAGAGAGUUUAAGCCACAUGUGGUUCGGUUGGCUAAACUUUUAAGGAAGAGAGCUAAGAAAAAUCCAGAGGAGGACUGCUCCACUCGCACCUUGUCCUGGGAACCUGGUCAUCUUAUGUUGACUCUUUAUGUGAUCCGGAACCUGGAACAGCUUCUACCCUUCUUCAACCUGCUCAGUCAAGUUUUCAACAGCAAAUGCAGCAGUAGAUUGGGCCCCGCCUUCAGCCAUAACCCCACGAAUGGCUCAUUUCCUGGAAAUAAGGAGAGCCACAAGUUGGAGAGUCAAAAAGUAUUUUGGAGCAGGGCAAGACAGAACAUCGAGGAGAUGUUUGGUGCGAGCGACACCGGGAUACGGAACCUCUGCAGCAGAGAGCACACGUCCCCGGAGAGUGAGGCUGUGGAUGGGGGAAGAGACGGUCCUUGGUCCGUAGCUCUCUGCAGGAGGAUAAUCCGGGGGCUGGAGGAAGGAAGGAGGGGGAGCAGGACUACAGCAUCACCUCUGAGGCUGGCCCACUGUAGAGCGAACAGCAGCUGGGAUUACGGAAACUCGCUCGGUCUUGGGGGGGAGAAGAUGUCGGGUCAAACGCUCACGGACCGCAUCGCCGCAGCGCAGUACACGCUGACCGGCUCCGAGGUGUGCAAAGCAGUGUGUAAAGCCACAACACACGAGCAGACGCCCCCAAAGAAGAAGCACCUGGAAUACCUGAUCCAGGCCACCCAGGACACCAAUGUGAACGUCCCUCAGAUGGCUGACACGCUGAUGGAGAGGGCUGGGAAUGCCAGCUGGGUGGUUGUGUUCAAAGCCCUUAUCGCCACACAUCAUCUCAUGGUUCACGGCAAUGAGAAAUUCCUACAAUUCCUGGCAUCUAGAAACACACUUUUCAACCUCAGCAACUUCCUGGACAAAACUGGUUCCCACGGCUAUGACAUGUCCACAUUUAUCAGACGCUACAGUCGCUACCUGAAUGAGAAAGCCUUUGCGUACCGACAAAUGUCUUUUGACUUUGGCAGAGUCAAGAAAGGUGCUGAGGGAGUGAUGAGGACCAUGCCAGUAGAUAAGUUACUACGGGGAAUGAAUAUUUUGCAAGGACAAAUUGAUGCUCUUCUGGACUUUGAGGUUCAGUCGAAGGAUCUAAACCACGCUGUGCUAAAUGCCUGCUUUCUACUCCUAUUUAAAGAUCUGAUAAAGUUGUAUGCUUGUUACAAUGAUGGUGUAAUAAAUUUACUAGAAAAGUUUUUCCAGAUGAAGAGAAGCCAGUGUAAAGAUGGUUUGGAAAUCUAUAAGAGAUUUUUAACACGUAUGACUCGAGUAUCUGAGUUCUUCAAAAUCGCAGAGCAAGUUGGAAUAGACAAAAACGACAUACCCGAACUAACUCAGGCCCCAGAGAGUCUUCUGGAGUCCCUCGAGACACACCUCAACACACUGGAGGGGAAGAAGCCUGAGGAAAAGUCGCCCACCAAGCAGGAAGCAACAGCUAACAACAGUGCCCCAGUUGCAGCCACAGCACCAGCCAGACCCGCGCCUCACGUUGCGGCUGGUGGGCCUCCCGCACGCCCUGGGCCUCCUGCACGUCCUGGGCCUCCUGCCAUCACCCCUACUGCCCCUGCCCCUGUCAUUAAAGCUAACAAUGCACUUGAUGAUGGUUUUUUGUUGGACCUGGACCCAAUGUCGUCGUCGUCAUCAACAGGCGGAGCAACAGCCGCCUCACUAAUAACCAACUGGGGAGAUCUCCUGGCAAAUCCCGUUGCAGAGCCGGUGUCUGAGGCCAAAGUGGCGCCUGCUGCUGCUCCGGCCCCUGCCCCGGUUGCCAUAAUACCCACCCCUGCCCCAGUUGCUAUAGCACCCCUUCCUGCCCCGGUCGCUAUAGCACCCACCCCUGCCCCAGUCGCUAUAGCACCCCCUCCUGCCCCGGUCGCUAUUGCGCCCCCUGCUGCUGUUGUGGUGCCCACCUCACUGCCCGUCUCUGCCGCCACCACAGACAUGGACCUUUUCGGAGAUGCCUUUGCACCUUCUCCAGGAGACGGUCCUGCUGCCGUGGCCGCGGGCCCUGCUGCGGAUGCCUUUGCUGGAUCUGACCCCUUCGCCACAACAGAGGGAUCUGCCAACGUGGCGCUGGAGAUGGACCUUUUUGCCAUGAGACCAACCGAACCGGAGAGCACCACCUCUGUCCCUGCAGCUCUCACCCCUCCUCCCUCCAGUGAGGCUCCCCUUGCCGCCCCCGCUGUCCCAUCCACUACUAUCACUGCAACUGACAAUGCUACCACAGAGUCAGCAGCCGCUCCCUCUGUAGAUCUAUUUGGUGAUAUGCUUGAUUCAAUGCCUGAACAAAGCCCUACCACAGAAUCCAAAGCUGCUACCACUCCUAGUGUAGACCUUUUUGGUGCAGACCUUCCUGCUGUUUCACGCGGGCCCUCUCCUUUGCCCGAAUCUGUGCCAGCCGGAGACAUCGUUACUGACACAUACGCAGCAACAGCACCCUCUUCCACCCCGGCUCCUGCACCUGCUGCAGAUGACCCAGCUGAGGCCCCUCCCCCAAAGGCAACUACUCCCAAAGCAGAGCCAGCCCCAGUCAUUGACCUACUCGACACCUUUGGCAGCCCGGCGGAGGAGGCCAAACCUUCUGCUCCUGGUGCAGCCGGAGAGGAUCUAUUAGGAGGUCUGAUGUCACCCACGUUGGCCCCUACAGCGGCCCCUCCCUUGGCCCCAGCUCCAGCUCUGACCCCUGCUCAGAACGACCUCCUGGAGUCUGGCUUUGACGGUCUUGACUCUCUCCCCUCUCCCACUCCUCCUGUCCCUGCAGCUGUGCCACUCAUCCCAGGCACAGCCACUGAGCCUGCAGCUACCACAACAGCGCCAUCUGCUGGUUUUGAUGCGUCAAUGUUUGACGGAUUAGGCGACUUGCUGAUGCCUGCAGUGACCCCGCAGAGCACCGGGGGCAGUGGAGGGACGCCUGUCUCUGCCUCCAACACCAUCACCCCUCCCCUCUCUAAAACAAUCUCAGAGGACUUGGACUCAUCACUGGCUAAUCUGGUGGGAGAUCUUGGAGUAAAGAAAAAGGAUCCUAUGGGGGAAAGAAAACUAACUGGAGGUGCUAACUGGACUCCCCAAGUGGCCCCUCCCAUCUGGACUGCACCAGGAGCGCCAUUAGCCCCUACAGCAGCUCCAGGAGCCCCUGGUCCAGUGCCCCCUAGUGGAGGGAUGGUGCCUCCAAUGCAGCCUGGGUUUGUAAUGUCCCCUGCAGGUGCACCCGGAGCCCCAAUUAUGCAGCCCAUGAUGGCUCAGCCAAUGAUGGGACAGCCUAUGAUGGCGCAGCCCAUGAUGAGACCCCCCUUCACUGGAGUGGGUGCACCAGGAGCACCAAUCUCCCCUGCACUUGCAAAUCAAAGUCCCAAGAAACCCAAGGACCCGCUGGCAGAACUUGAUCUCAAGGACUUCUUAUAA